AUGGUUGGAAGUUUAAAGAAGCGAAUUGAGCACAGAGAUUCUAUAGAAAAUAUUCCAAGAAGUAGUAGAAAACCAACUGUGACAGCAAGGGAGUAUAGGAGGUUAGAAAGGUUAGUUAAAAGUAAUAGGAGAGACAGUUUACAAGAUAUAACGACUAAAUUUAAUGAAAACAGAGACAGGCCACUAGCUAAAAGGACAUUACAAUUUCAUUUACAUAAGCAUGGAUUUAGGCGACGAGUAGCAAGGAAGAAACUGACUAUCCGGGAGGUAAAUCGUAGGAAACGGUUGUCAUGGUGCCGAGAAAAGAGGAAACUUACUGUUGAAGGUCAAUGGAAGAUAGUAAUAUUCUCUGAUGAGUCAAAAAUUGUUGUUGGGAAAGAUUCUCGGAUAUAUAUCUGGAGAAAAAGAGGCAAGGGGUGGAGACCAGACCUGGCCGGUACUCGACGCGUCAAGCCAUGCUUCGAACUAAUGAUAUGGGGGUGCAUUACCUGGUACGGGGUUGGAACUUUAACAGCCAGGGAUCUGGAAGAAAGAGAGGAGGAGUUAUCAACCAUGAAAGAUGAACUUAGUAACACAAAAGUUGAGUUAGAUAGUAAUAAAGGUCAGUUACUCAUUACCAAGGAUACAGUACAUAAACUUACACAAGAUAUAGGAUCUAUUUUUCAAGCUAAACAGGAAAUAUCAACACCGUUUUAUUGUGUUGUUAUAUCCAAAUGA